ACACGCAACGUGCGCGCGCUGCACGCCGGUUUAUCAAAAUCAAGAUGGUACCACUUUUUCCUAUUUGAAUUUGACACCUUCAUCCAAGGCUAUAUAUAAGGCCACAAAGCCUUCAUCUCUCGGAUUUUUACGAAAUUUCGUCAUAGGGGUAAUCGGGGGUUCUGAAUCCACCUCAACCUGUAACCAUUUGAGGCUGAUCAGAUACAUUUUUAGGAAGUAGCAGCUUACAAAAAAGUCAUGCGGUCAUUAAAAGUCCUCCUUCUGCUGGGAGUGGCAGUGACUACACUGGCAGACAAGAGUGCUCCUGUCCUUGUCUGGGAGUCCACAGAGUCAUCUGCUCAGGCAUUGCCAGCUAUUCCUGCAAUGUCCAAUUCACAGCUUCAAAAGCAUCUCAAUUCACUGGACUCUGAGGCUCUUGUUAUGUUCAUUAUGAAUGAGCUCAACGUCGAGGACUUCAGCGGGUACCCGAGCGCCUUCCCGCAGCUGCGCCGGGAGUUUGAAUCGUCCCUGAAUGCUUUCACUCCGAGCAUGUCCAACCCGUCUCAGCUGUCGGAGCAGCUGGACGCCUACCGGCGCGUCACUGUCGACACGCAGGACGUGGAGUCUCUGCAGCUGGCCGACGGCGCCCAGAAGACGCUCUUCCUGGUGUACGUCGGCGAGCGGGCGGCCUCGGAGCGGCAGGCGGCGCUCCGGCGCACCGAUGAGCUCAUCUCCACAGUCCUGGCCAGAGUGAAGAGUCUGACUGGAAAGUACUCUGCAGUGCUGACAGGGAAGCACACCACCAUGGGCGGCGAGGCGCAGCGGCGCAAGGUGCGCAGUCUGAAGGCGGCCGAUGAAUCCGCCGCCGACGCGUCUCAGUUCGAGAAUCUCGGCUGCGUGUUCAUCUACACGUCGGCGCCGGCCGUGAUUCGUUUCUCGUUGGCCGGCGACAAGGGCGCGAGGAGCACCUGGAGAGUGGAUCUGGGCAACGCUACCUUCGCCGCCGACUGCAACGCAUCUGACUCCAGUCAAACUGUGACGCUGUCUUGGAAUGAUAUUGGUCCGAAAGACCACGAUCAGCACACGCUUACCCUGGCCAAUAUCGACCUCCAGCUCAAUUUCCAGGCCAAGAUGUCGGGAAACGAUGAUCCAGACAAGAACAAGGUCUCUUCCUGGACGCUGGAGCCGGUCACCCUAACCUACAGCAUCACUUUGGACAACGAGACCAUCGACAGGGUGGAGCCGCUCGACUUUAGCAACGUAUACGCGCCGAUGGAGUUCUCCUACCACUGCACGAACCGCUCCUGGAUGCUGUCCAGGCAAAACUUGACCGAGGAUUUCGGCGUGGCGUUUUCGGCGCUGGAGCUGCCCGGCUUCCAGGUGCAGGCGUUCUUAUCGGACGACGCGCCCGAGACGUUCGGCCGCGCCUGGGACUGCACCACGUUCUUCACGAUCCCGAUCUGGUCAGGCCUGUUCCUGUCGCUGAUCCUGCUGCUGGUGCUCGUCUGGUCGCUGAUGAUGCUGGCCAGCGUGCCCACCAUGGACCGGUUCGACGACCCGCGCGGCCAGCCGCUGCACGUGCCCAACGCCGAGUAACGCGGUGGUGGGCGGCGGAGGCGGGUCCUCCUCCACCGGCAGGCUGCGCUACCACUGUGUACCGUACUGGGCAUCAGCGGAGACCCUCACCGGCCGGCUGCGCUACCACUGUGUGCCGUACUGGGCACCAUGAGUUCAGUGGACACCGGCGGCGGCGGCGGGUCCUCCCCACCGGCAGGCUGCGGUACCACUGUGUGCCGUACCAGUCACCAGCGGAGACCGGCGGCGGUGGCCCCUCCCCUCCCCCCCCCCCCCCCACCGGCAGGCUGCGGUACCCCAGGGUACCGUACCAGUCACCAGCGGAGACCGGCGGCGGCUGCGGGUCCCUCUGACCUGUUGACGGUACCAGUGGCCACUCAGUGAGAAAAGUUGCUAGAUCAAUGUUAGAAAGUAUAACCGUGAAUAAUUGCAGAAUAUGCUUACUGUGAGUUUUUUGAUUAAAACAUUCCGAAGGUAUGUGAUGACUGAUGAUAAGAUAAUUUUCGUAAUGUCAUCAAAGGGAAUGAUUAACAAGCUAGGUGUCGAGCCAGUUUAUGUAUUCCUGGAUUGUGGUGUGAGAUUGCCGCUUACUGGAGGUAAUAUCUGUCAAUGCCAUGCUGUUUACAGAUGUUUGUUUUGGAAUGUUUUAUUUUCGAUUAAUUGAUACAUUAUAAUAGGGUAAUAUGCACAUUUUGACUUAUUACAACCAGAUAGCGCCUGGACGUCUAUUGGCUGACGUAAAUCACCAGAUUGGUGCACAUGUUUUUGAGACGUUUGAAAUCAGUUGAAUCGUAUGUACUGGUAAGCGUGCCAGUGAAUUGUGUGAGUCUGUGCAUCAAUACAGAAAGCUACUC